GGGGGGAACAGCGCAAGCCCCGGCAGAGGGCGCCCGGCCGCCCUCCGCCCCGCCGGGGUCACGGCGCCCCCUCCCCCGCGUCCUGGCCGGACGGCCGGGCUAUUUUUACGCGCGGACACCGGACACCGGGCUGGGGCUGGGGCGGCGGCGGCGGCGGCGGCGGCGGCCGAGGCGGGGCCGCGCCGGGCCGGGCGUCGGGGCCACACGUCCGUCCGCGGGUCGCCAGGGCUGCGCGCGCCAUGGAGCCGCGGUGCCCGCCGCCCUGCGGUUGCUGCGAGCGGCUGGUGCUCAACGUGGCUGGGCUGCGCUUCGAGACGCGAGCGCGCACGCUGGGCCGCUUCCCGGACACGCUGCUCGGGGACCCAGUGCGCCGCAGCCGCUUCUACGACGGCGCGCGCCGCGAGUACUUCUUCGACCGCCACCGCCCCAGUUUCGACGCCGUGCUCUACUACUACCAGUCGGGAGGGCGGCUGCGACGGCCGGCGCACGUGCCGCUCGACGUCUUCCUGGAGGAGGUGGCUUUCUACGGGCUGGGGGCGGCGGCGCUGGCGCGCCUGCGCGAGGACGAGGGCUGCGCGGUGCCACCCGAGCGGCCCCUGCCCAGCCGCGCCUUUGCGCGCCAGCUCUGGUUGCUCUUCGAGUUCCCCGAGAGCUCGCAGGCGGCGCGCGUGCUGGCCGUCGUCUCCGUACUUGUCAUCCUCGUUUCCAUCGUCGUCUUCUGCCUCGAGACGCUGCCGGACUUCCGAGACGACCGCGACGACCCAGGACUAGCCGCUGUGGCUGCUGCGGCUGGCCCGUUCUCGGCUCGGCUGAAUGGCUCCAGUCUAGUGCCUGGAACUCCUCCGCGCUUACCUUUCAACGACCCAUUCUUUGUGGUGGAAACCCUGUGCAUCUGUUGGUUCUCCUUUGAACUGCUGGUACGCCUGGCGGCCUGCCCGAGCAAGGCCAUUUUCUUCAAGAACGUGAUGAACCUCAUCGAUUUUGUGGCCAUCCUGCCCUACUUUGUAGCACUGGGCACUGAGCUGGCCCGGCAGCGGGGCGUGGGUCAGCCAGCCAUGUCACUGGCCAUCCUACGAGUCAUCCGAUUGGUGCGCGUCUUCCGCAUCUUCAAGCUGUCUCGGCACUCCAAGGGCCUGCAGAUUUUGGGCCAGACGCUGCGGGCCUCCAUGCGCGAGCUGGGGCUGCUUAUCUUCUUCCUCUUCAUCGGAGUCGUCCUUUUUUCCAGUGCUGUGUACUUUGCUGAAGUUGACCGGGUGGACUCCCAUUUCACCAGCAUCCCUGAAUCCUUCUGGUGGGCGGUGGUCACCAUGACCACAGUUGGCUAUGGAGACAUGGCGCCCGUCACUGUGGGUGGCAAGAUAGUGGGCUCUCUGUGUGCCAUCGCCGGCGUGCUGACCAUUUCUCUGCCUGUGCCAGUCAUCGUCUCCAACUUCAGCUACUUUUACCAUCGGGAGACAGAGGGCGAAGAGGCCGGGAUGUUCAGCCAUGUGGACAUGCAGCCCUGUGGCACACUGGAGGGCAAAGCCAAUGGGGGGUUGGUGGAUGGAGAGAUGCCUGAACUCCCACCUCCACUCUGGGCCCCCCCUGGGAAACACCUGGUCACCGAAGUGUGAGAGACAGCGAGGUCUGCAGGACCUCACACCUCCUUGGAAGGAGGGAGGGGGGAAGAAAGGAGGGGAAGUAGGGAGGGGAUUGGGGUUUAGGAAGAACUAGGGUAAGUGGAAAUGAAUGGGGAGCACUUGAGUCUUGUUGGAUCUUGAGUUGUAUGGUUUGAUAGCUCCUUGGGUACCCCAUUAAGUAGGGAUGAAUGACAAUGGUUUGUGUUGAGCUGAGGGGUGACUCCAUGGGUUCAUAUUACAGAGUUGUGCAGAGCUUGUGGGGCCUUUUGGGUAGGGCUGAGAUAGGUUUUGGUCAUAUCAUGUCAUGAGUUUCCUAGGUCCAUGUUGGGUACCACUUGGAGCAGGGUGAGUCUGACUAACUCUUGUCUGAGUGCUUUAUGCAAGAUUCUGUGGCUUUGAGACCCCUAGGGCCAUAUUGGAUCAAGUCAGGUGGUCAUCCAAGCCAUUGUUCAGAUCAGUUGUGUGGUCAUGAAUGUUGGUGUUGAGUUGCAUUGAGACCUGUUGAAAAUUGUGUGGCUUUGUGUUUUGUGUAGGCCUAUGUUAUUUUAGGUUUUGUGAACUUGUGAGUCAUGUCGAAAUCCAGUCAACUGAUAGAAUGUGAGUGUUCUUGACACACUAGAUUGCAUUGGAACAUAUCGCUAAAUGCAUUUUCCAGGGUUCCAUUGGGUUGAGAUGUGUUAUGUGGCUGGAAGACUUUCAGGACCACAUUGAAUUGGGACGUAGGUGAACAGUACUGUAAGAUCUGUUCUUUCAGUGGGACCCUAUGGCUGUUGGAGCCUCGUGGAGCCCUGCUGAAGUAUGUCAUUGUGUGAGGCCUGUAGGAAUGUUGGGUUGAGUUGGACUGUGUGUAUGAGAUCCAUAGGACCAUGCUAAGUAACCUUGCAUUUAGUGGUAGCACCAGGACCCAAGAUGACAGCAGAGGGAGCAAGGGUGGUGUCAUGAAUGUGGAUGAAGGACUGAACCAGCCUGCCCAGUGUGACUAACUAUAGGAGGUGGGCUGGAUUCUGUAUCUUUGGAUUCGGGCAUUCAUCCAAAGGGCUCUGAGUGAACUAGGAAUAUGGAGCCCUCCUUCCACAUACUCCACAUCAAACCCCCAUUCUGUUGGGUCUUCCUUGUGGUCUAGCAUGGAGACAUGGGGUGAUAGCCACAAGGGAACAGAAAUGGGAAGAAAACUGUAAUCUGUACAGACAUGAGGGGAGACAGAGAGAGAAAGAAGAGAGAGAGAGAGAGAGAGAGAGAGAGAGAGAGAGAGAGAGAGAGAGAGAUACUCUAACAAGGGAAAUAGAGAUCCAGAAAGGUGACAGACACCAAGGAUGAGUGAUUGAAAUCCAAAGGAGGAUGUCAGACACCCAGAGAGAGGGGGACGGGCCCCAAAGUUGGAGACAGAUCAUACAGCUUCAGAGAGAAAACCAACAAUGAAAAAGGCAGAAAACUUCAGUGUUCCUGAGUGGGAAAGACUCACACAACCUCUUUUCUCUGAACCAUGAGAUUCCCAAACCAGCACAUGUCACCCAUCCUCCCACAGCUGGGAAAGGCGGUGGGUUCUGUGUUUUCCAUGGGAGAAACCUGAGUCUCAGGACAGUGGCUUCCCAAGGUCACACCGCACGUCAUGGGGCCAGGACUAAUGGCAGGCUGCCUGACCCUGACUCCACUCGCCCCCACAGCCUGCCUGUGCCCAGGGACAUUCUAAGGCAAUUGGCCUCAUGUCUGAUAGACAAGGAACUGGUACUCAGAGGGGACACUGUUACUCACGGUGGCAACACCAUUUUCAGAGUCUUUCGGGACUAAAGGGCAUUUAGAGGAGGGGAAGGAGGACGGUUCUAAUCACUAACACAUAUAGGGCUGCCUAUGAGGCAGGAAUCCUUCAAGGUACUUUACCUGUAUUAAUUUAUUAAACGUGUCCAGUGAUCUACAGUGCUAUUAUUGUUAUCUCUACACACCCCCCCUCCGCUUUUUAUCACACAAGCUCUUUCUUAGAGGUCUCAGUAUGAAACAUCAGGAAGGAGUUGGUUUGAGGACACGCCCCUCUGAGUUCAUUAACCAAUCAACGUGCAGGGAGGGAGGACUGGGGGCGUGGGUCAAGUUGUAGAAUGCCUGCCUAGCAAGUGCUGAGGCCCUGAGUUCAAACCUUAGAACCAGUCCCCCAAAAGGUUAUAGAAUGCAGGAAAGAAUUCAGUUGGGAAAUUUCAGAAUUCCCUCAACAACCUUUUUCUACAGUAAGAGGGAAGGUAGAUUGUGGGAAGAGUUAUAAUGAUUAAAAAUAAUCCUUAGGUGGCCACUUCUCUGAAAUGGUCACUUCCCUGAAAUGAAAGUCACAUUCUGAAAAAGAAAUGGAGACAUACCUAUCUCACAGGGACAACAGAAAAGGUGUCUCAGGGCAGAGACCCCAGCCUAGGGACCCACAGAGGAUAAGACCCACAGAGAGGAACUGGGACCUAGAGAAGGACAGAUUCCAGGCAACAGAGAGAAAUCCAAGGGCACAAGGAAGGAAGGCAGAGAGAUGAGGUUAAGAGACUGGGUGAGAGGACAGGGACCCAAAGACUAGCACAGAGACACAGAACCAGAGAAAGGGAACAGAGACUCAGAGAGAGGGAGACAGAGACCCAGAGAGGGGACAGGGACUCAGAGAAUAGGACAGAGACAUUGGGGGGGGCAAGAACCAGGGAAAGGGGAACAGAAACCCAGAGAUGGGGACAGAGACCCGGCGGGGGGGAGGACAGAGACUUGGGGGGGCCCAGAAAACCAGAGAAAGGGAAUCAGAGACCCAGAGAGAGAGGGACAGAGACCAGGUGGUGAUGGGGGGCCGGAAACACACGAGGAGGACAAAGACCCAGAGAGAGGGGAACAAAAAUAGUGAGGGGGACAGAGACUCAGAGGAGGAGACACACCCAGAGAAGGAGGACAGAAACUGCUUCCCAGUUCAUUCCCAUGACCCUCACCAAUGACUGGAAGUCACAGAGUCCCUGGGGUAGGGAGUGGGAUGUACCCAUGGAAGAAGAGUGAGGAGGUCAGAGAGGUGACUGGAAUGGAUACCCAGACAGGGAAGUGGCUCUUCCCCACCUCCAGUAAGCAACUGGAGCUGCUUUCUGUGUUGCCUUGGCUGGGAUGGGAGGACGAGAGGGGAACACCCCAAUCCAGGGACACCCUUCCUGCCACCUUGCCAUGCUAUAUUUAGGUAGAGGGAGGGGUGCCAGAUGACCCCCCAAGGUGGGUGUCAGCUUUCCUCCUAAAAAUAGCUUAGGGGGAGGGGAGCCAGAGUCCCAGAGUGGAGGUGUGGUAGGGUGAAGGGCCCUGCCACCCAAGGGGCAGGACAGUCCAGGCCACCAUACCUCAACAUCUCAUCUAUCUUCCUCAGGAUCUUCCUCUGGGGCCCGUCCCUCCUUCUGGGGCUCUGUGUGUGGGGGGGGGUGAACAACAUCUUCUCCUUCUUUCUCUCUUCU